CGUCGGGGAUUUACACGCUGCCCGCCCCUGGUUGUGGAUCGAAAUGGGGAAGGUGCACUUUUGGUUGGGGGUCCGAUGGCUCCUUCGCGGACCGGUGGCGAUGCGGCGCCGUGUGGAGCUCUGUUCAUGCCCGAGCCCCUAACACACGUCGGCCAAACCCGUGCACUCAGCGCUAUUUUGCAGAUCUGCGCGUGAGCUUGGUGCCGUUUUGCUGGGAGUACCGGUCAAGCUCAGCGGGCCGAAGGCCCUGAGCUCGAGCAGCGGCUACGCGUCGGCGUUGGUAUUUGUAUAUCGCUCGGCAAAGCAGCGUAGUAGUUCGGGGCAGCCCUUCCUCUAUCACCUCCAGCCAGUAUUCAUACGCAAGCCGACGGAUCAUGCUGCGGUGGACCCACCUCGCGGCCGCCGUGGCUCUGGGCCACGCUUGUAAUUAUCCUUUCCUGAUGAACAACUCGUACGGGUGCGCGCGCGACCCCUGCGCGGCCCUCGACGCCGUGGCCUGCGCCGCGGAGGCGACGUGCGACAUGAGUUCUGUGGGCUGCGCCACCGCUUGCGCCGCGCUCAACAGCUCGCAGUGCAUGGGCCUCGCGGCGAACUACACGCUCUACUACUCCACGUUUAACAUGGACGAUAUCACGUACGGCCCGCUCAAAUGCAGCCAAGAGACGGUCGUGAGCGACGACUACAUGAGUUACUGGUACGAGUGCUCCGGGAACGGCACGGCCGGUGGUGGCGCGUCCGGACAAAAGGACGACGACGGCGGCGUCUCCAGCUACCCCGGCCUCGACGACGACGCGGCCGUAGACCCGAUGACGGCGGCGAUGUCGCCCUCGGACCCGAGCACCUACGCCCUCGUGCUCGGCUUCGUGCUCGGACUCGUCGUCGCCGCGGCGACGUGGUACAAGGUCUUGUCGCGCUGCUGCAAGGGCCAGGAGAAGGCGCCCUGGACGGCGGCGGAGACUAGCAAUCGGCUCCGCGAGCCGCUGGCCCGGGCCGCGUCGGUCCGCGUGGCGCGGCACCACCCCGCGCUGCGGGGCUUCGGCGCGCUCAAGCGCCUGGCCGCCGUCCUGAUCGUGCUGGCCGGGAAGCUCGUGGGCUACGUGGCAGGGCUCCUCGCCGGCGCCGGCGUCCUCGGCACCAUGGGCGUGGCGGGCCUCCCCAAGUUCUCGAUGGAGGCCCCGGGGACGGCGAAGAUACUCGCCGCGCUCGCGGCCCUCAAACUCGUGCUCAAGCGGUACGCGUCCAUGCUGGCGCCCAAGGCGGCGUUCUCCGUGCACCUCCUAGACGAGGAGGGCAAGCCGGUGACGAUAGGUGAAGAUAAGGAGGGCAAUCCGGUGACGCUCGCGCCGGUUUGGAGCGGCGAGGCGAAGGCGAGCGCCGCGUGGCGCCUCCCGGGGCUGCGGGAGAAGCGGCCCGUGGCCCUGGACUUCGGCGCGGGCGAGAUGCGGCCCGGCCUGAAGCCGGGCGCGCCGGAGCUCCAGUUCCGCCUCGGCGACCGCCUCGAGUGCUGGUGCUGCUGCUUCCCGUACUUCACGAGGACGCCCGCGGAGCUGAAGCUCGGGGACGCGACGGCGGCCGUGGGCCGGCCCGCGCGCUGCUGCCUCGCGCCGCCGCGUUGGUUUUCCGUAUAUUGCCUGUACCCCUGCUCCUUCUUCCGCCCGGAUAAAUGCUCCCUGGGCGGCCUGCUCAGCGGCGAGCGCACGUCCAUCAAGCUCGCCAACAACGACAAGGCGCUGCUCAAGAAAAAGGUCCGGGACACCAUAAACGCCGCGAAGGCGGCCGUGGUGGCGGUCUUCGCGCCCGUCCGGAUUCUCGUAGACAAGUGGAAGGCCAAGGCCGCGGCCGCCAAGGUCGCCGUCGAAGGCGCGGCCAGGGCCGCCGCCGGGGCGAAGAAGGACGAGGCGCCGGCGCCGGCGCCGGCGUCCAAGGUCCCGACGUUCUCCCUGAAUUUCGGCGCCGACGGCGCGUGCGCUCUGCCGACACCCGUCGCCGUGAUCCCGGGCAUCGACCUCGGCAAGGAGCUCAUGGACGCGAUAGGGGGAUUCAAAGAAGCGCAGCAGCUGCGGAAGGUGCACGCGGAUUUGACGGAGGGCGCCGGCAAGCUCGAGGCCGGCCUCGGCGCGGCCGCGGCCGCCGCGGACGACAAGCUCGAGCUGGCCGCGGCGACGGCGCAGAAGGAGGCCCAGGAGCUCGCCGCGCGGGCGCAGAAGGCCGCGGCCGACGCGAAUGGCGCGGGCGACGCGGCGGGUGCCGCGGAGGAGGGCGGCGGCUCCGCGCUGCGCGAGAAGGCCGAGGCGCUGCGGGCCCAGGCGCUCGCGGCGAAGGAGAAGGCGGAAAAGUUGAAGGGCGAAGCCGACGGCUGGAAGGCGACGUACGGCCAGGCCAAGGACGAGCUGUACAAGCAGCGCAUCUACGAGGAGGUGUUCCGCGUCGAGGCGUCGUUCGACGCCGGCCUCGACGCGGAGACGCGCCUCGAGGCGCUCGCGGCGGCGAUCCUGGCGCAUUUCAAGUGCGUCGACGAGACCACGCUCCAGCUGAUGGGUGGCAUCUCCGCGCUCUCGCGGCCGUAGGCCCCGGUCCAUGGCCCGGGCGGGUCUUUGCGAGUGCGCGCCAUGGCCCAGCGGGCGGUGGCCCGUCCGCUACACGCGGGACCGCCCUCACGGCGCCCGCCACCGUUACAGCCGGGGCGCCGGCCGACGUCGCGGUAGCCUCUCUGCUUUGGCAUUCUCCUUCUUGCUUUUUAGCGAGUCGUAUAACUUACUUACUUAAAUUAAAA